GCAAUGAUUGUCCUGGACGCGGUUGUUGUGAAAAUAUAGUGUUUACGAAGUUCUUGCGAGUAGUAAUGUGGUUUAUUCAUUAACCAUUGUUGUUAAUAUUGUUGUUAGUACGGUUAUGCUAAUUAUAGCCCAGUGACUUGCGCGCUGUAACAAUGAGUACUGUGACUGAACCUGACCUAGAAGAUAUUGUAAACCCAAAGCUAGCACAAUAUUUGCGGGAGAAGAAGACAAGAAAACAAGUAGACUGUUCUGAGACAAAAACUGACAUUGAAGAAACAGAGUCACAGGAGCCACUUUCUGAAGAUGAAAAUUUUAUUCCAGAAGAAGAACAUACGUGUUGCCAGAAAAUUCCAUUGAAGGUAUGCUUCCCAAUGGACAGAACAGUUCAGAACACAAUAAAAUUGGUAAAACACCAAAGGAAAAUUGAAGAAAUGAUAAGAGAGGUCAAAAAGGAAAUUCGUGCACAGAAAGGAAGGAAAGCAGGAGUUGCAAUGAGCAUCAAAACUGAGAGCCUUCCAGGAUCAGCAACUGCCCCAGAAUUUCCACUUAAUGAAGAUUCUGAUGAUUCUUUAUGGGUGGAAGCUGCAGAGUAUGGAGUUCAAGCAGUGUCUGAUGCAGAAGAGUAUGGAAAUGAGGACCAUGAUGAAGAUAACUCAGUAGAUGAACUCACCUCAGAGGAGGAUGAAAAAGCAAAGAGCAGAGACAGGAGUGUUACUGAUGUGCAUAUGUGGCCACCAUGUCCACCUCUCCCAAAGUUGAAGAAAGUUAAGAUAAAGGCAAAGAGUUGUUACCCCUUUCAAGACGUUCCCAAAUAUGGAAGCCGGUUCUCGUUAGGAAGGGGCUACAAGUCCUUAAACUUGGGACAUAAAAAUGUAAUAAAACUGUUAAGGAAAGGAAUUGCAGUUCUGCUGUUGCAUUAUGGUUGGCAUGAGACGUCUAGAGAAACACUGGAUGUACUGACAGACUUUGCUGAAGAAUUCUUUCUAAAGCUCACAAGGUUACUGCGAACAGCCGUAGAUCAUCAGUUGGAGACAGGGAGCACAGGAUUUCCAGAUGUGUUGGAGCGUGUACUUGUGGAAAUGGGCCUAGGAGGCAUAGAAGGAAUUGUUCAAGAUUAUCAGCUACGAGUAUUAAAUUACAACAACUUCGUUCUUGGAAAUUGUUUACGAGUAAUGGAAGAAUAUAAAAUGCUUACACAGACGAGGCAGAAGGACAUAAUUUCUGAGCUGGUGUGUAAAAUUGAAGAUGAAGAUGGGGAUGUGCCAGAAAUACACUUUCCAGCACUCGGAGAAGGCUAUGCAGUUGAUGAAUUACAGCCAUCACUGGAACCUGGGUUUCAGAUGCUUCACAGCCUGGAGCAGGAAGAACAGUUACAGAAUUUGGAGGCAGAGGAGGAGAUGACUAUUGGCGACUCACUAAGUCAGGAAUCACAGCUUAGCUCUUACAGUGCCUCAGGAGGUACUCCAAGAAGUAAGAAGAAAAGAAAAAAGUAAUGGCAUUAGCAUUAUAUGAAGCACUAAAUAAGUAGCGGAUUUGAUAUUUAUUCAGCAUUGAGAAAACACUUUGAUGAUAUACUGUGAAAUAAAGUGAAAUAACCUUUUGGUUGUUACUUUUCAUUGUAGCUGCCAGCUAUUCAUUGUAGCUGCCAGCUUACUUAAUGUGGUAAUUGUUUGUAGUUUAAUUUUGCUGUUAUGUAAGUGCAGUACAUUGUAAGAUAUGCUAAAGAUAAAGAAAUUUAUUUAUUUUCUGCUGGUAACAUGUGGUUUAAUGUGUUUGGCAAUAUCAGCACUGUGCAGUUACAGCAUUGUUUGGCCAAACACAAUUUUUUUAAACUCUUAUUGCACAGUAAUUUAAUUCAUCAUUUCAUAUGGCAGCAGUAGUUUUUAUAUGCAAUUUAGCACUGCAUUUAUUGCUAGGACACAAUAGUCACUGACAUUAUUCAUGAUAAUUUCAAGUUGCAGUGGCUUUUAAGGUUAAGCCACUGAUUAAGUCACCCUUUAAAAGUAUUUCCAGUCAACAUCUUCAGAAUAUUUGUAGCAGAUUAUGAAAAAUUGCUCCUUUGACAUGAGGUCAUUUUGCUGUUAAUGUUAAUCUUCAGUUAACCAUAUGUAAAUCUGUUUCACAUCUCAUAUUCAUGGUUAUGAAUUUGCAUGUUCCUUUUUGUGAUUAAGUGUGUUUUCACUAACUUAAUAGUUUGUGGCGUAUACAUGGUGUAAAUAGUGAGAAUAUUAAAGUGAAUAAAUAGGCCUUUACCA